CGAGGUGCCCGAACGUCAGUACAGUCGGCGCGACCUCCUCGCGUCCGCCGCCGCCGUCGUCGUCGUAACAAGCUCCACGUGCGGUCGAUCGGUUGCGUAACCCGCUUUUCCUUGACUCACACGCGUCCGUGUGGAGUUCGUCCAGAACCCACUCCGCGAUUUCCCGGAUCCGCAAGUGCUGUGCUAUACUCGAGCGAUUUCCCGCGCGGGAGAAGGAAAUACUCGGUGCGGUGUGCUGUGUGGUAGUGCGGCAUGGCCAUGGAUAGUCCCGACUUUGUGCUUUUGUCCAGCGAUCAGACGCUCACGUUACGGGAGACGCAUAUCUCAGGAGCGUGCAAGCUGCACUUCGGGCAGAAACCGGUCAAAAUCGUCCGGUCCGAAGCUCAGUUCCUCUACGAUGACACCGGUCAGAAGUAUCUGGACUGCACCUCUCGCACCACUAACGUGGGACACUGUCAUCCAGAAACUGUUCGAGCAGCCUGCAACCAGUUCAUGAAAUUAACCGUCUGCAAUGAACACCCAUCAAAUAAAAUUGAGAACCGCCUAGACUAUGAAUACUGCCAAGAACUCCUAAGUACCUUGCCUGACAAUUUCCAAGUCUGUCUUUUCACAAACUCUGGAGCAGAGGCCAAUGAUUUAGCUUUAAAACUAGCACGCAAUUAUACGGGUAAAAAUGAUGUUGUAGUUGUCGAUGGGUCCUUUCACGGAGCCGUCAACUUAUUGUGGGAUAUCAGUCCCAAAACUUUUAAACAAUUUCACCCAGAUGUCGCUGAAACCAACAAAAUUUUGGACGCUGCAAGAGGUCUAGGUGAAAAGGGUUUUUCUAGUCUUCUGAGCGAAGCCUUAAUAAAGGAGCAGCCAGUUUCCAUCCCCUCCUCAUACUCAAAAAAUUACACUUGUAAACCUCCUUGGGUCCAUGUAGUUCCUUGUCCCGAUAUGUAUCGUGGUCCGUAUGCCGGGCACCCAGAUGCAGCUGAAAAAUAUUUUCAGCAGGCAAAAGCUGCCAUUGAUCUGGCCGUCCAACGCAACGCUUCUAUUGGAUGUUUUUUAAGUGAACCUGUUUUCAUUGUCCAUGGUGUUUUAAUUCCUCCCCCUGGAUGGCUGAAGAGAGUGUAUAGUUAUAUCCGUGAACUAGGAGGUGUAGUGAUAGCAGAUGAAAUUCAAUGUGGGCUAGGACGGAGUGGAAGUCAUUUUUGGGCAUUUCAGACGCAGGAUGCGAUACCAGACAUUCUCACCCUUGGGAAGCCCCUAGGUAACGGACACCCUGUAGGCUGUGUUGUCACUUCCAAAAAAAUCGCUGCCUCACUGUGGCCAGAGGAUAAGAGUACUUAUGAGUGCAACCCUGUGGCAGCAGAAGUUGGUCUAGCUGUUCUACGACUAAUGCAAAGAGAGAAUUUCAUGGAAAAUUCUUUUUUACUAGGUUUAGAAUUGACUCAUGGAUUUAGGAGUAUACAGCCUGAACAUACCAUAAUAGGUGAUGUUCGAGGCUUAGGUUUAAUGGUAGCGGUAGAUAUUGUCUGGACUCAGGAAAGUAAAAAACCUGCUCCUGAAUUAGCUGAAGUGAUCUCUUACAGAAUGAAAGACGAAUAUAUUCUGGUCGCCAACGAGGGUGAAUAUGGAAACGUACUGUUUUUUAUAACACCUCUCUGUGUCACCAGCAAAGAUAUUCAAGUAGUCAUCCAAGUUUUCCACAAAAUUGUGACUGAUGUUGAGACCUCCAAUCUAAGUUUAUCAAUGGGCUUUCCUGGAAGUUCGAGUGGUGUAAGCUCCAGUUCCAGUAGUCUUUAUCCAAUGGUUCAAUCAUGGCCAGAGUCAGAUGAUAGUGACAGUGCUCUCGAUUCCUACAACUACCACUCCAUGGACUGAUUUUUACUCAAUUGCUCUGAUUGAUUAGGUAUCACAAAAAUAAAUUGAUGCAGUGAAAACUGAGCGGAGGGAUCCCCACCUCACAUGGCUGCCAUCAAUGAGUUUUUGUCAACUGCAGUGGAACUGCUUCAUAUUUAGGGUCCACACCAAAA